ACGAGCUGCCCUCGUACUUAUACCCAUCCACCGCGAGAAAAUUUGUUUACACUGACAAGUCAUUCGAAAAAGCCAGCGCAGCUAUAUUCUCACACCUGCCACAUCACUCAUAUACAUUAAAUACUCGCUAUGCGUAUACAUAAUCAUAUAUAGCAGCGAUCGCGCGCACCGGCCGAGCUGACGACGCAGCGUACACGUGGCGCACCCCCCCCCCUCCGCCAAAGCUGUUUUUCUCUCUGUCUAGCUGACUUUCCGGAUUCUGUCUCCAUCUCGGCGCGAGUCGGUACAUCAGGUAGCGUAGCCGUAGCGCAGACCUAUACACAUACACACACACACACACACACGCACACGCGCACUAUCGCGCGAAUUUUCUCCUGCUGUAUAUCGGCAUACGUACAUACACGGAUACACCCUUUUCCACUGCCUCGUACCCAUCUGUUCUCGCGGUGCGCGCGUGACAGAGAUAUAGCGGCAGCUAAAACAGCCACCCGGUUGUGCGUUCGUCGAGGGUAGUUCACUGAUGAGAGAAAAGCGGCUGCUGGGAAAAUGAAGUGGCUGACGAUAGCUCUGGUACUGGCACUGUCCUCGAGGCAAGCCUACUCCUACUUCAUCACCGUCGACGCGCACUCAGAGGAAUGCUUCUUCGACAAAGUCGACUUCGGCACCAAGAUGGGACUCACUUUUGAGAUUGCCGAAGGUGGCUUUCUGGAUAUCGAUGUGAGGAUCGUUGCUCCUGAUGGCAAAGUCUUGUACGAUGGCGAGCAGGAGAGCAGUGGCAAGUUUACCUUUGCUGCGCACACACCUGGCAUCUACACGUACUGCUUCAGUAAUCAGAAGGGAACCAUGACUCCUAAGGUUGUCAUGUUCAACAUGGAUAUUGGAGAGACUCCCAAGCAGCCUGGUGCUGAUUCACCAGCUGCUGGAGCACAGGAAGGAGAUGGUCCUAAUGCUAAGCUUGAUGAUGUGAUUAAGGAGCUUAGCACGAGUCUCUGGAGCGUCAAGAGUGAGCAAGAGUACAUGCAGGUACGAGACAGAAAUCACAGAACAAUCAACGAGAGCACAAACUUUAGAGUAGUUGUGUGGUCAUUCUUUGAAGCCACAGUCCUGGUCUGCAUGACCCUGGGACAAGUGUAUUACUUAAAACGAUUCUUUGAAGUGAGGAGAGUGGUGUGAUAUAAAACAAACUGUAAACAUAAAUUUAUUGCCCUAAGACUAACUGCGAGUCAUUUGUAUAUGUUAUCACAAUAAUUAUGAGUGAAUGGAUUUUUUCAAUAAAAAAUAUUGUCAUUCUUGUAA